AUGGCGACAUUACGUCCGACGCAUCGGCCGCUGGCCUGCUGGAAAUCGGCUUUACGGCAAGCGCGAAUCCAGAAGCACCAGCAACGAGCAUUAUGGGGGCUCUCAACCCCAGAAACUUCCGCCGCACCCGAUGUCCCUCCUCCACCACCACCCGUUGAAGAGGCGCGACCAUCUUCAGAAUCUCCAGCAUCCGUGCCUCCUCCACUGCCCAUAUACAUCCCCUCCGCCAAGGUCGCCCAAUUCCACCUCCCCGGCUGCCGCACCACCCUCCCCGGCGUCGUAAAGCCGGCCCACGAAAUGAAGCGCAUGCGCUUCGUUGUCGCACCUCCAAACCCUAAGAAAACCUGCCCGGACCCCGUAAAAGCUGUUGAGGACGCCCAACUCCAGCUGCUCGACCCGACAGGCGCGCGCCGCCGCCUCUUCGACAAGUCGAACAUCGAAGCUGCCAAGGUGGGCGACAUACUGCUCGUGCGGUUCCGGCCGGGCAGCGGACAGAGCGACCAGUUCGCGGGCGUGUGCAUCAACAUCCGACGGCGGGGUGUGGAUUCUGCGAUCCUGCUGCGUGGCCAGCUGACGAGGGUGGGCGUCGAGAUGUGGGUUAAGCUGUUUAGCCCGAAUGUUGAAGGGAUUGAGGUCGUGCAGAGGAAGGAGAAACGAGCGAGGAGGGCCAGACUGUAUUAUAUGCGCCAGCCGAAACAUGAUGCGGGGAGUGUGGAGAAUUUGGUUAGGCAGUAUCAGAGGAGGAGUCAGGCGCUGGGGACGGGGGCGAAGGGGAGGGAUGGGAAUAGUCAUAGGAAGAAGAACAAUAAGAAGGGGAGGAAGUAG